AUGGCUCCGUUCUAUGAGCCGAGCAAUGGCAAUUAUGCUCCGACUGGUCAUGAGUUGGAGCAGCCGGCUCAAUAUGAUGACACUAGUCAGAGUGAGGUAGGUUUUUGGUGGAUAUUGGUACUGUUUAGUAAAGUAGUAUAUUCUUAAUGUAUUCUUAUAUAAAAAACAGUAAAAAAAGCCGGAAUUUUUGGACUAAAAAACUUAGUCCAAAAAGGGUGUUUCGCUAGCCCUCAAAAACUUCAAGUAGCUUAAAAUUUUAAAAUAUUUUUUAAAUGAUUAUAUGUCCUUUAAAAAAAAUAAAGAGCAUAUAAUCUUUAUAAAAGUUACUUCCAAAAACCUUUUUUUUAGUUUUGCACUAAUUGUUAGUCUUUCGAAUGACAAAUUAUUGAAUCUUUUUGCACCUAUAAUUACCGUCUUAAUACUAAGAAAUCCACCCUUGGUCCGACACUGAAUAAUUCAUAAAAUUAUAUAAAACAUUGGAAACAAUAGACGUUUUUGAUAUAUUUGGUAUCGUUUUUACACAUUUUAUCUUUGUCUUGUUAGAGUUUUAGGCUGUUAUUGGUAGCUAUAGGUGUAAAUUUUACCCAUACCAAAAAUGUCGAUUUAAAUUUUUUAGUUAGAUCCGCCUCCUUUCCCGAUUCACUUUAUUUAGCGACUUCCGUGGUAGAUAAAAGAAAUAAAAAAUUUUUUUUGUCCACCUAGAAGGUUCUGUUUUUAAAAAUAAAUUUUUUUCUUUCGGCUUAUAGGACGGACUGUUUCACAAAAAAAUUCAAUCUUAUACCUGCGUUUGUACUUGAUGUUAUCAAAGAAACACGGUGAUACUAUUACGCAUGUGUUUAUCUCGUCUGUUUUACUAUCAUACUUAAAAUUGUUUUUUCCUCGUUUCUUACCCUACUAAGCUUUACAAAAAAGUAAUUACAACUUGUAACUAAACUUUAACACAACAUCUUCUAGCAAGGAUAUCACACAAUGCUACGAUAUUUCUCACAUUAAUACGUUCGUGCCUGUAUUUUUUACUAAUUUUAUUUUUUGUUAUUCUUUUGUUUUUUGUGGAAUUUUGUGGUGACAAUACUUGACAGUAUAUAUAACAAAAAGUUAAUCAUAUACUACUUUGUUUUGCAUUUCCAUCAAUUACAUAUUAUUUUGUAUUGUUAUCUUAUGGUAAUGGUUAUCGCUAAGGCCCAGAAAUGGUACUGUUACGUAUCUUGUUGUAAUGUCUAUCCUUAGAGCCUAGAAAUACGAUACAUGUAAACUAAAAUUAUAUUACAGCGUGCAAUCAUACUAUACAGUUAAUUGUGGUAUGUGCUGUAUAAUCAACAAAAAGGCCAACUUUCACUUUUUUUAAAAAACAUUUUUAGUAGGAAAUACCCCCAAGUUCACAACCUUCCUUUUCACUAAAAACCCUAACCUGCCAUUUUAGCCCUUCAAAAGUUAUUGUUAAUCUUUAUUUACGUCAUGCACACCUCAAUUUUCGAAUAUCCGCUAGUUGGCCUGUCUUUGGAUAACUAUGGCUUUUUCAUUUGCCAUUUCAUGUUAUAAUCUUUUUUGUUAUGUCGGUUGUGGUAGCGUUUUUAAACGGAGUGUUUUUUCUUGCCGGAAGCAAGUAAGAAGUUAUUUCGGAUUUCCUAUAGAACUUUAAAGUUCGAAACCUAUGUUUUCAAUUUUUCUUGAAUUGUCGUUGGCAUUUAGCUGUACCAAUUGAGUUGGACAAGCGUCUGUAGCAGUAUUAAUUUAGAAUAUUCAUUUGUGAAUCAGAAACGCGUUUUUGAUUCAAACUCAGGUUUUACGACUGAUUUUUUGUGUAGGUAAAAGAAAUCUUGUCUUAUUUACUGUUUACCAGUACAAAAAUGUGUCGGAUAACUAGAUUUUACUGACAAGCCUUUAUAAUAAAGAUAGUUUCAGAUGAAUGUACAAGACAAUUACUACAUAGCAGCUGAAUCAUAUCCUACGCCAAUGGACGAAGCCAAUGAUAUGACAGAGUUUGAGGAGAUGUUAAUCAAAGUAAGUACCUUAUCAACAAAGCCUUCUUUUUUGUGUUUUUCUAUGUAUUUAUCUAUCUAUUGACCACCAUAAUUUAUUAACCAAGGACUAAAUUUAUCAACCAAGGACCAUAGGCAUCUUUAAUAUCUUGAUAUACGAUUCCCAGGGACGUCGCUACGGUUUUUUCUCUGGGGGAGGCCCAAAAAAAUUUUUUUGGUCCACAGGCUACCUGUGGACCGAUUUUUCGAAAAAUUUAAUAACUGUGGAUUUUUUUUCGGAUCGGCUCUGGGGGGGGAGUCACCCCGAGCCACCCCCCCCAAACGACGUCCCUGACGGUUACUAUAAACAUCUUUAGUAUUUUCAUUAACGAAUACUCCACCAUACUUAAACCUUCACUUUUAGGCCAGUUUCCUCGCCGGCUAUGUGUACAUGUUACUGGCGGUGACUGGUAUAAUCCUGAAUGCCUAUGUAAUCUGUCGACUAAUACAAUUGGCCAUAAACGACUAUGUAAGUCCGCAAAACAAUAGUUGUAGUGUUUUGCGUAUGACCGUUUUUAGUAAAGUGCAAGCUACCAUUAUAAACUACUUUUUUUCCGAAUUUGUUUGAAUAUACUUUUAGAUAAUGAGUGCAAGAAAUAAUUUAUGUAUUAGUGUUAGUUGAAAAUCAAAACAACUUUGUUAAUAAUAGCUUUUUCAUAAAGAAAGCAACAAAAGAUGACAUGAUUAUUUGGUAAAAAGCAAAACAAUUCAGAGAACUACACUAACACCUAUUUUAAUCUCGUAAAAGUACAUUUGUUUCAAGAUAAUUUUCAAAAAAUAGAUGUUACUUUUCCUAGAAGAUCAAAGACAGCCAAGUUUAACCUAUAACAACAUAAAAGGCCAACCUAGACCUAACAAAACGCAAGAAAAAACUAGCCAAAAUUAACCCUAUUUCUUUCCAGGAACGCUUCAAACACGGCUGUGGCCUACCACUAGCCGCAAUGUCAAUGUCCGACCUAUGGUCGUUAGUGUCAAUAAUAGGUGCUGUCGUACUCAGCGGCUUUCUACCACCAUCAGCUUUAUCACCUGCGGCUCACUCCGCUCAUUGCAAAAUCACCAUCUACCUUAUCCACACUUUAACCGGGUUCAGCACGUGGUGCUGGUUAUUCAUUUCGGCUCUGCGGUACAUUGCCGUUUAUCAUCCUUUAUGGCAUAUCAAAGGCAGCACGUUGGGUGUGCGAACCGUUUUGAUCAUGUUGUUGUUUGCUUUGUUGAUUAACGCGUGGCUACCUAUUGUGGUUGUUUCUUCAGAAGAGUCAAGGACUUGUGAAGAACAACCACUAGGUUUGGGUGCUGAUUGGAACCGGUUUUUGCAUGGUAUUGAGCUGUGUUGGUCUUAUAUACUGCCUGCCGUAUUGACAUUGGCGUUGGAUGUGCGAGUGAUUUUUGUUAGGCCGCCAAGCUUUACCAAAAUGGCACAGAAGAAGCGAAAGCAGUUCGCUUCGAGGAAAACACCGUUGUCGCUACGUCAAACGCUGAGCGAUGGGUGGUCUCAGGCGGAAGAAAAAUUUCGAGGUAAUAUUAUCUUUUAUCUUUUCACAUUGAAAAAUGGCUAUUUCUUUUAUCAUUCCUUUCACUGUAACAUAUAUGUUCUUUUGUAACCUCGAAAUCCCUUUAAAAUGCUUCUGCUUAAUUCUAGACUUCUAUGCUAUCCGUACGCAGAUAAAGCUGCCAGAUAUUUCCAGAAAAUUUAUCAUAACAUACGUAAAAACAAAAAUAAUCCGUCUGUCGGUUUACACCCAAAUUUGCAUAUUUAUCAAAUUAUCUGGACAACAUCCUUUCAUAACUUAAUUGUAGGUUUUCUGUGUACACAAUGGUUGAGGCACAAACUCACAAAAACACCCCGAAUUAGCAUUGUAAAUGAGGACGAAGAACGAAAAGAAAUAGUAAGUGCACAGUUAGAUUUCGGUGUAAUUUUAAAGAUCAGAUUUUUGAAAAUUUAAAAAUCUGCCUUCAUGUAAUCAUUCGUCAUUUUUAAAGGUGUUUAGCAAGGUAUAUAUCCUUUCUAAACAAGGAUGACUAUCUUGCUUUUACUUGUUUUGAAAGUAGGAUAUCCAUCUUAUAAAGCUUCAAAAACUGCCUUUAAAGUGCAACAAAACAAAGAACCUACAUGACAAAGUUAAACCACCCUUUCAGGACAAUCCCGAGUUCCAAAACAAAUUAAACAAUUUGUUGGGAAACGUGGGCCGAGCACGCACGUUGACGAAUUCUACCUGGAGUGCACAAUCCAACGCGACCGCCGCGUCAUCGGUUAGUGUUUCACCUAGUGGGCUUCCGCGUAUCGUCGCUUACGCUCAAAACUCAUGGCAAUCGACGUGCUCACAUUCGGCCGGCUCUACGAAACGCGGCCGAAAGACUGUGCGGCGAUGGUUGGCCAUAACGACAGUGCAUUUAUUGUUGAAUGCGCCAGAUAGCAUGUAUCGAUUGGCUAGUGUGAUUGAAAGCUCGUAAGUUUAUUUUUUAUUUUUCUUAUCAUGCCUAGCAAACUUUUUUCAUAAAUAAACUUUAAAAUAACUAACUGCUUUUUUGCCAUAUUACACACAAAAAAAAACAAUUUCAGACCAUCCUCGCCAAACUCCCCAAGCAGCCACCUGAUUGCUCUAGUAGUCCGAUUACUGUAUUUUGCUCAAUUUUGCUUCAACGCUGCUUACUUAACAGCCAUUGUUUAUAAACGAAAUGUCCGGCCAAAGCCCCGUCAAACAACACCAAAGCAUUCCACAACAUAUCUCAGAGUUCAUCCUGAAUUCAGCAGACCACAGGUUGGUUUUUUAAGCAUUAAGCUUAUGAACGGUAUUAAAAAUUGACAUAAUUCAAUAAAAUGUCUAACUCAAGGUCAAAAUAACACAUUACACCUCAAUUAGAAUAAUAAAAAAUUGUUUCCAGACCCGAACCGGCAUUCCCGAAAGCUCAGCACGUGACAAACAAAAGCACGCCGAUCUGAAACGUCGCUACAGUCAUGACCCUCGUGGCUUGAAGAAAUUAAACCAUCUCAACGUCAACCAACCUCUCCUGAACGCUCCAAUAAUGCCGGCUUCUUAUUCCACCGAGACUUUCCGAUCGGAAGAGCUCGAACUCAAUACAAGUAUGUACUCUACGAAUACCUCACCCCGUUCGCCGUCCACCGAGCCACACAACGAGUAUAUGGGCCGGGUUUCGGCUUCGACUAGCGGUCGAACUUCCGCUGGUUUAUUGACCAUUGUUUCGUCGACUCCGCCGACGCCAAAUUUUGACAAACGGCCAUCGAUUUCGAAGCGAUGUCAUAUCGCCGCAACUCGGGCCAACUCGUGGCAGGUGUGA